AUGCCCUCCUCAUCCUUCAGCAGCAGGACCGUGGACCCCCCCAGCGGGGACCAGAGACGGAGUCUCCCGGACCACAGCAAGUCCAGGGAGAAGGAGCAGCUGGUCGGACUGAACGACAGGUUCGUCCAGUUGAUUGACAAGGUGAAAGGUCUGGAGGACGAGAAGAAAAAGCUGGAGAAGAAACUGGAGUUGCUCAAGAAGCAGGACGACUACGCCGUGAACAUAGACGACAAUCUGAGGAGGGAGGACAACGAGCUGGAGGAGAAGAUAGACAAGCUGCUUCGGGACAAGGACAAGCUGAAGGACGAUCUGGACAAGAUCACGAAGGAGAAGGAUGACCACAAAAAGAGGUAUGAAGAUGAGAUCAAAAAUAAAACUAAAGUGGAGGAUCUUUUCAUCCUUGCCAAGAAGGAAGUGGACGAAGGACACUUUGCGUUAGUAGCAGAUGCUCUGGACCUGGAGGAACUGAGCAGAGAGCUGGAGCGCCUUACCCCAUUGUUUGAAGAGGAGAUCAAAGAGCUCAAGUCACUUGUCAGGAACGACAAAGUGGUCCUUCGUGAAAACAACAAGCGCCACCUGAACAUGGACGACAUCGUCAAGGAGGUCAAUAAGAAGUACGCCGACUUGGCCGCCCGUGCCCGGGAAGAAGCCGAGCUUUGGAACCAGAGGAAGAUGGACGACAUGGUCUCGAGUGUUGCUCAGGGCGAGCAGAAACUGCGCGACAUCAAGAGGGAGAUCUCGGACACGAAGCGCCUCAUUCAGAGGCUCAAAGGAGACCUGGACGCUCUGAAAAGGAAGGAAGACGCCCUGAAGAGAGACAUUGACGAUGCAAGAAAGGACGGCGACGAAAACAUGGCGAAGGCUCAAAAAGACAUCAAGCAGUUGGAGGACGCCAUGAAGAAGCACAAGCAGGACUUGGCUCAACAAGUUCUGGACCAUCAAAAGCUGUUGGACCUCAAACUGAGCCUGGACAUUGAGAUCGCCACCUACCGUAAGCUGCUGGAGGGCGAGGAGAGAAGAAUGAACGAGCGUCAGUUCAACGCAGAUUAUUAAAAACAAACCAAUCCACGUCCUUACUUGCACGCAGACGUUCACCUGCCUGAGAGAAAAAUGUCCC